AUGUCGGUCAUACAAGAAACGGUUUGCGGCGUCAACAUCCAGCUUGAUCGCCUCCAACAACAACUUGCAGAUUCCCAGGCACUGGGAGCCGCAGACAUAUCUGCCGAAUCCCUUGAUUCAAUUGGCGAAUUACAAGAUAUCAUCAACUCCAUCUCGGUGACUUCUAAAACGCAGCCUCUUCUAUCCCCUGAUCGAUUGGUAGACUUACUUUCGAGCCCUGCUUUUUCUCGCCUCCGGGUGCAGACUAACCUCCAUGGGGGAUCUAUUCUGCAAAUUUCGGACUAUGUAUGGUUAGUGGCCGCAAAGGCUGCUGUUCAGGCAUCAGGACUGGUCAUGAACACCCUCUUGGACCAAACACUUCAACUCUACGAUGAGACUUAUUAUUGGGGCGAAAUGCUAGGAUCUACCUGGUACACUGGUCUGUAUGCUGUUCAAAGAUCUCCAGGGCAAUUGUCCCGGUGGACAAAGGACGUCUGUGUCUCUCAACCGUAUCGGGGAGUCUCAGCAAUCACUGCUCUUUGGGCACGUUUUUUCCAGAUUGCCCAUCCAAAGGCUUGGAAAUUGGAAGGACAUUCCAUGCGUGCACAUCUGCUAUCCCCGAUUCGAUCGUGCCGGGCAGAAAUGCGACAGAAACGAGACAUGCUGCUGACAAUGAAAGAACUUCACGCCAGCAGCCUUGGGUUGCUUAUGGAGGGAUGUCAUCUUUUUGACGCAAAUGACUCCCCCUCAAGCUCAAGUACCAGUCCUAUGAAUGGCGAGUUGUGUGAUGUGAUCUCCAGAGCGGUGAUUUCAAUUGAAGCCAUCUUUCAACAGAUUGCCCUUGUGCCUAGCACUCGUGAGUUGGAAGAAAGUGUAUUUUCCAGUCUGGAUAAGGAUGCCAGCAAAUGUUCACUACCAACACAAGACGAUAAUCCUGUGAAUAAACCUUUGGACUUGAUCGAGCGGCUUGUGCUUGUUCUCCGAGAUAAGUUGCCAGACCAUGCCACUUCCAUGUCACGAUUUACCGCUCGCCAGGGACGUCCUUCCUUCAUAGUUCGUUAUUGGUUACCUGUAUCGGUCGCUAUCCUUUCGGGAAGUACAUCUGUCAGGCUUUUGGCCAACCGGCAAGAUGAAAUCGUCCAGUGGAUUGUCAAUAUUGGUUCCACCACUAUUGACUUCUGGGGUAAUUGGGUUGUACAACCAAUCCGAAAGCUUAUUGGGACAAUCAGACAUGACGAGAAAAGUGAGAUCGCCAUAAUGAGCAAGAACAGUCUGCUGGCCGAUCGGGCGAGCUUAGAAAGAAUGGUGGUUGACUUUGUUCGCGAUCGCCCGGAUCUAUCAAAUGGCGUGGUGGCUGAUACAACUGCCAUCGUCAAUUCUGUUCAGGAGGGUGACCUGACUCCUGUUCUGAAAGCAUAUGAGCGGGACCUGCGAUCGCCAUUUGUUGGAACUGUUCGGGGUGACCUUGUUCGUGCCCUUCUGAUCCAGAUACAGAAGACAAAAGUCGACGUGGAAAUUGCUAUUAGUGGUAUUGAUGCUCUUCUGAAGAGCCAAGAGCUUGUAUUCGGAUUCGUUGGAUUGACUCCCGGAAUAUUGGUUUCUUUCGCCACUUUCAGAUGGCUGGGUGGCCUUCUCGGUAGCCGACGAGGAUUGCGAAAGGGCAGGCAUCAACAUGAGGUGAAACGUGGAUUACGAAACAUGGCCCGCAUUUUGACUUCUUCGAUGGUCUUGUCCAAUGGGACUGUCCCUUACAAAGUCUCUGGACAAUUGAUCUGCGAGGCAGAGGCUCUCCUUCAACAUGUCAAACCAAUUUUCGGACGGAUGCAGUAUGAAGAAUUCCGGGAAGAUCUUCAAGAUCUUCUCAAUGUUCAGAAUGGAGUGAACAAUCAACUUCGCGUGAUUGAGAGGAUGAGAUGGGCUUAUUGCCACUAA